GAGCGGAGCGAGGCGGGGCGAGGCGAGGCGCGGCGAGGCUAGACGGAAUAAGACGAGGCGAGCGGCAAGCGGCCAGCCAGCCAACUACGCUGUAUCUCGGCAGACUUCAGUACGUUUGGUGCUGUCGCGGAGUGAGGUUAGGUGACACAUCAAGUGAUUUUAUGUGACUCGCGUUAGCGAUAUGGUCGCUCCUCGCGAAGCGUCGUCGUGCGUCUCGUAUCGCAUCGAUUGUUUGGAUCUUGACGACGUUCGAAUUUCAAACGCGAAUUCUCGUAGAUUUGCGGCGUGAAAUUGUUCGUGCAUCGCGUAUAGUGCGUGUCUUUGAAAUUCGGUUAGUCGUGUAGUCCUGCUGGCGUGACGCUCAAGUACGACGAUCGAUGCUUGCAUCUUCGUCUAAUCGAUCGCACCGUGCUUUUGAAAAAUCACUCGCUCUUCUGACAAGUUGGUCUCGUAAUCUCUUAAAGUUGGUGUGACAAUGCUCGAAGAAUUGGCUGUCAUUUGGAGAAAUUGAUUGUGCCAACUGUUGUGCGUGUCGGAUUGAUGCAGAGUUAUGUUAUUAUACGAAACAAGUGGAGAGAGUUUGCAAAACUUGAAAUUUGACUCGAGAGUUUAAGAUGCAAGUUUUGUCUAUACAUUAUUUAUUGCGAGUUGUAAUUCUCGAGCGUACACCCAAGUUGUUGUACUUACAUAUCAGCGUGAAGAUUUAAAUAUCAUAAAAUAUUGAAACGCGGAUUCAAGACUUGACUUGGAAAAUUUCAAAGUUGAAAGUUGAUGGUUGACAACUUGAACAUUGAAAUAAUUGAAAAUUCAAUAAACUUGCAGUUCAUUCAACGAACGAGUGAAAAUUGAAUUUUAGCUGUUUAUAAACAUAUCAGGAUUUAAUGUCAGUUGCUAAGUGAAGAGAGAAAGAAAGAGAGCAUCUACAAUUCUUACAGGUCGGAAACUCGACGAUGCUCCAAAAUGCGGCAAAACUUGGACAUUGAAUAUUUCUAACUAGCAACUACCUUAUUACCUUUGGACUCAGUCAACUGUCCAAAGAUCUCUGGGAUCUGGAGCAUUCCAAGGUUGUGAAAUGAUAAUCAGCAAAUCGUUUUUCCAAAAAUUCGGGAUCAAAAAUUUAAUGUAUGGAGAUUUUCACAUUUAAAACUUGAGACAGUGAGAUCGACGACAUUCCUCGUUUGAAAAUCCAUUUGUUCGUCGGUAGAGCAUUUAAUCAAAAGUGGAGUAUUUUGAUGACUCGUCGUCGACAUGUUGUCAUAGAAGGAGUUGGCUCUCGCCAAAAGCGAAAGUGAACGCAAGCGGGGGGAGAGAGAGAGAGAGAGAGAGAGAGAGAGAGAGAGAGAGAGAGAGAGAGAGAGAGAGAGAGAGAGAGAGAGAGAGAGAGAGAGAGAGAGAGAGAGAGAUUGAGAGAUUGAGAGACUGCAGCAUAGUCGAUCGAGAGUGAAACGUGUUUCUGUGCGAGAGUAGGUGUCCAUUUGUGGGCGAGAUAACGACGAAUCGACUGGUCCACAUUCAGUCAUUCAGUGACCUACAGAUACGGCUACUUUUCCCCGCCAACGUUCGCAGACAGGUGACACUAAGUUAUCUGCUGAAUCCCCGAUGCAUAGAUCUAACUGUUGGUAGAUGACGUCGAUCUUUCGGAAAAGACAGAUAGGGUGAUCGGGAUAGGACUGAUCGCCGAAGGAGCGAUAAAACAUGUCGAGGCUGCUGAAAGGAGAGCCGACGGCCGGUUGUGUGAUUGGCUCGUGCGCAGAUCGAGGAUCGUAUUAGCCCAACCGACAGUGACGCAUGUCGUAAGCCACGUGAGAGAGCGACGGAGGAACGACACGCUGGACGUCACGCAGGAUCGGGAUUCAUCAAGAGAGAGUGAGAGUGAAAGGGAAGAGAGAGACAGACAGAUAUUCCGAACAGCUAUUUCGAGAGAGAGAGAAACAGCCCAGGCGACGAGUCUCUUACUGCCUACCGGAAGUCAUAUGCCCAUACACGCGCGUAAAACGCGUACAGCUUGCGAAGAAAUCGAAAUGGUGGAGUUGUGUGGUAGUGGCCAAACUUCUUCGGCCAUGGGAGUAAUGGGCAUGGGUUCGAUGGUGACCGCGGCAACAUCGUCGUCCUCUUCGUCGACUACCACGACUACAGGCGCCUCAUCCUCAGGUGCGUCGGGACGUGCCGGUAUUCUCGAAACCCAAGUGCGCGGACAAUGGUAUCGCGUAUUCGUCUCUUUGGAAGAUGAUUAUCUUAGCAUUUCGCUCGAUGAGAGUUGUGAGACCGGUAACAACGCUCUGAACAACGGCAACAUCAACAAUAACAAUGUGGACAGUUUGAACGAUCCAGAUGUGCCCGAUUCAGUAGCCAAUCAGAAGCGCAUUGUCCGUGUGGUCAAAAGUGACAACAAUGGGUUAGGAAUUUCGAUAAAAGGCGGCAAGGAGAACAAAAUGCCGAUCCUCAUAUCGAAGAUCUUUAAGGGCAUGGCGGCGGAUGCUACUGAGCAACUAUACGUCGGCGACGCCAUUUUGGCAGUAAAUGGCGAAGAUUUACGCGAGGCGACGCACGAUGAGGCGGUGAAGGCGCUGAAGAGAGCUGGCAAGAUCGUCGAACUAGAAGUCAAGUACCUGCGGGAAGUGACGCCGUACUUCAGGAAAGCUUCGAUCAUCCAGGAAGUGGGCUGGGAACUUCAGCGCGGUUUCCUGAGCGCGACGCCGCCGCCGCCAAAGUCACCACCGCGGGCGGAUACUCGUUAUCUGCCAUUACAACUCUGCAGACUCACCAGAGCGCAUCCCUCUUCCGAUCCCGAAGGACGUAUCUUAGAACUACAUUCGCCCGAUGGUGUUCACGAAUGUUGGUUAAGAGCCGCUGACAACACGGAGGCGAAUGUCUGGUUCAAUGCUUUGCACUCGGCGUUAGCGGCCCUCACCUUGAAAGCAUUACGACUGGCCUCAGCACUUCCGGAUCCACAGCAACUUCAGCACAUAGGCUGGUUAGCGAGAAGACACUGCCUUCAGAACGGACGAGCCAGUAGUGAAAGCAGCGAAGACGGAGCCGGAAGUAGUGCAAGCACUUCUCGAGGAGCCGGGAGUGGAUUCGGUCUUGCCGCUGGAUGCACCGGCGGAUGGCGCAGUGUCUUUGGUGCAGUUUCAGGCCGGGAACUUAGAUUGUAUGAGUGUGCGCCUUGGAGCCCAGAAGCUUGGGCUUCGCCGAGCAUUACCUGCCCCCUUAUCGCAACACGACUGGUCUCCUCGCCAACGCGACAGAAUGAAGCGGCGAGCAGCAGUAGCGGUUCGACUCAACACGGGGCGACGUUCGCGGUUCGGGUUGGCACGAUGGACGGGGUAGUCACGCAUCAUUUACGAGCUGAAACACGAAGAGAUCUGGCGGCCUGGGCACGGGCAAUCGUUCAGGGAUGCCACGCGGCUGCUCAUUCCUUGCGGGAAUACACCGUUCGUUGCACAUGGCAAGGUAAGGCCUGUCAGUUGGUUGUCAACCACGAAGAAGGUUUCGCGCUCUACUCCGCAGGAACGCGGGGCACUGCCGGGAAUGGCGUAAGUCCUGGAUCACCACCCACGCCACUCUGGAGAAGAUCCUUCGACAAAUUGAAAAUGUCCGCGGACGACGGCGCUCGUCUACUGUGGCUCGAUUUUGGAGGCGAGGAUGGCGAAAUUGAGCUUGAUUUGGAGAGCUGUCCGAAACCAAUCGUGUUCGUCCUGCACAACUUUCUUUCGGCGAAGAUACAUCGGCUCGGUCUGAGUGCAUAGGGGCACGAGGGGGCCCUUACAGAGGCCCCCGAUUUGCCUCCUCACACUACCAGGUCUGUUACCAGCGUCUUUCUUCAUUGAACUGGAAAUAAUCGCAGUGAGAAAGAGAAAAUUAAUUUUUUCUUCGAGGAUUCGAAGUAACAAAUAACAGUACCGAGACUUGAUAGGUCAAGAAACAUCCGAAUGGAUAAGAAAUAUAAGGACUAUCUUUGUCAAAGGUUUUGCAUCGCGAGCAACAUCCUAUUCCAGUGCUGUUUAGAAUGCGGAGAAACGAAAGAAGUCAAACAGAGUAAUAGUGUAACAGUUUAGAAAGAGUGAGAGUAGGAUAAUGAAUUUGCAGACAGAGUAACGAUCCGAGAAUUCUAUAUAUAAUUGGAAAAUUAUAAAUUUAAUAGCGACGAAGACUGUUUAAUUUUUGUCAAUAACUAUUUAAUAUUUGAGAAUUUGGACAUUUAAAAUAAUAAAACUUAUAAAAUAUUUAAAAUUUUAGAUAAUACAAUAUUUUUAAAUCUGAAGCCUUAAAAAUAUACGAUUUUCAAAUGUAGUUGUACAAAAUUUCAAUAUCUAAAAUUUUUUAGAAUAUUCAAGAAUUGAUUUUAUUUUUCCUAACCUUUAAUUUUAUUAUUUUAGUAAUAUAUAAAAAAGGAUUCUCAAGAUAGGGAGAGGAAGGAUUUAAAUAUUUACAAUAUUGAAAUCAAAAUUUAAUACAUAAGAUCUUAAAAAUAAAAAAUCUAACCUUCCUUUUUUAAUGAAGAUGCAAAGAUUGAAAAAGAAUUGCAUAUUGUACAGAAGUAUUAGAAAUUAUAGAAUUCUCGGACUCGCUCUAAGGAUUCCAGUAUCUUAAAGUCAAAGAGGUAUAAACAAAGUGGGAAAAAAA